AUAUAUACCUAGUAUAUGAAAUGAAGAAUUCCUGUAAAUCUCACAUAAACUCACAUAUAGAGAGACUGAGCGUUGUUGUUAGAUAUUCGGAGAAGGAAAUGUCCGAGCUUUCGACUUCCGAAAAGAUAGUGACGCGGUCCUAGGCUACGAUUUUUUUCACGACCCCCUUUUAUAUAUACCAGGUACCUAAGGUAUAUAUAGGUACCUUAUAUAUCAUUCUCCUUUCCAAUUUUUUAUUCUGUUUUCAUUUUAUUUUUUUAUUUUUUUCAGCAUGUUUACCUCAGAACCGCAUACUACCACUCCAACUCCUACUACUUCUACUUCUACUUCUACUACUAGUCCUGCCACCACCACCACCCCCAAGCCGCCGCGAGUCCUCGCCUGCGUGCUGUGCCAGCAGCGCAAAGUGAAAUGCGACAAGGUCUUCCCGUGCGCGAACUGCGUGCGCUCGCGGGCGCCGUGCGUGCGGGCCACGCUUGCGCCGCCGCGCCGCCGCGGCAGCAGCAGGCGUUUUCCCAAGCGGGAGCUCGUGGACCGGCUCAGCCACUAUGAGAACCUGCUCCGGGAGAACGGCAUUCCGUUCGAGUCCGUGCUCGGCGGGGGUGAUGGUGGUGGUGGUAGUAGUAGUAAGACCGGAGCAGGCAGCGGUGAUGGUAGUGGUGAUCGGAGGACUCCCCAGGAUGCGGCGAGAGACGAAGUGGGGGAUAAGCCGGAGUUGGCAUUUAGGCCUAAGGAUAUAUGGCGGGCUAUAAGUGAAAAGACGUCAGACUCCGAAGAUUCCGACAUCGACAGGGAGAGCGACGACGACGACGGCGGCAGCUGGUCCUUCAAAAAGGACUCGCUGCACCAGCCCAUGAUCACCAAAGUGUGGGAUCGUAUCUACGAGAGCGAAGAUAACAGCCACCUCCUGUUCGCCGCGCCCCAGACCGGCCGCGCUCUUUCUACGCUGCACCCGGAGCAUAUACACAUCUUCAGGCUUUGGCAGGUGUACCUGGAUAACGUCGACCCUCUGCUGAAGGUCACGCAUACGCCUACCCUGCAGGCGCGCAUUAUCGACGCUACGAGUCAUAUCACGAAUAUCGAUCCCGCCAUGGAAGCCCUCAUCUUUAGUAUUUAUUGCGUGUCCGUAUUUAGCCUCACUAAUGACGAGUGCCAUGCCUUCUUUAUGGAAUCGAGGGAUAAUCUCCUACUGCGGUACCAGCUGGGGUGUCGGCAAGCCUUGCAGAACUGCAGGUUCUUGCAGAAUACUGACAGAGAUUGCUUGACGGCGUUGUAUCUCUAUCUAAUCUCGGUAAGACCCAAAGUAGACCCGCGGUCUCUAUCCUCGAUGCUCAGCAUCGCCGUCCGCAUCGCGCGCCGCAUGGGUAUCCACGACGAGUAUACCUGUGCCAAGUUCACGGCGCUGGAAGCCGAGAUGCGUCGGAGGCUAUGGUGGUCGUUGAUCAUCUUCGACAACCGCAUCAGCGAGCUUUGCGACUACAAGACCGCGUCGCUGGCUCCCACUUGGGACUGUAGGAUCCCCGUGAACGUGUAUGACUCCGAGAUCCGGCUGGAGAUGAAGAUUCCCCUGGCGAUCCACGAGAAACCCACCGAGGCCAUUUUUGCCGUCGUGCGUAGCGAGCUGGCCGACUUCGUUCGCCAUAGCUCCUUUCAUAUCAUGUUUACCAAUCCUUCUCUUAGCACUAUUGCCAAAAGCACCCGGCAAGGCUCCGCCUCGGAAGGCGACGAAUUAGACGCCUUGGAAAGAUCGAUAGAAGGCAAGUACCUCGCAUUCUGCGAUCUAGAUAACCCUCUCCACUUCAUGACGGUCUGGAGCGCGCGAGGAUAUCUUGCGAAGAUUCGUAUCCUAGACUACUACUCGAGACACCUGACGUCGGCCACACAACCGACAGACACAGAGCGCAACGCACUCAUCUCCUCGGCCAUAAACAUGCUCGAGUGUGACACGAAGCUCAUGGAUUCGCCUGUGGUAAAAGGAUAUCGUUGGUUGAUUACCUACCACUUCCCACUACCGGCGUAUAUCCACCUUCUCCAAGGCCUAAAGAAGCGACCGGUCGAUGAUAAGACCGAACAGGCCUGGGACGCAAUGAGCGAUAAUUACAGAGUCCGAUUUAUGAACUCGGAAGUCAACGAGGCCUUUUUCCACGUGUUCUCCCGGAUCGUCCUCAAGGCGUGGGAGGCGCGAGAAGCGCUGUCGAGACAGGAGGGCGGAUCUCUAGUCCCGCCGCUUAUCGUAUCGGAUGUCCGGGACAGAAUACUAAACACGAAGCUAAAUAAUCCCCAAGACAGUCAAGUCGUGGGUCUGAGCAACACCGACUUGUCUCAAAUGUCUGGGUCCAUGGGCUUUAGCAGUGGCUAUGGCCCUUCGUAUAGUAUGAGAGAACAGGAGUCCUCCACGAACUCGGGAUUCUGGGCUAACCCCAGCACGACUUCUCAGGGUCCGAUGGAGGCCAUGAAUUUUGAUGACAUCGGCUGGACGGGUUUAGGCUGGACCAUAUAAUUCCACGGCUCUGGAAGUGACCUCAUAAUUGGUGUAUACC